ACUCAGCUUGUCCACAUACACUUUCAUGGUAUCAGAGCCACAGUAGACUCCAACGAGUGCUGUGCUAUUAUGAUUCUUUCACCUAUUUUUUCUCUACUGUUCUUCUUCUCUUGUUCUUCUUCUCAGCCGCUCUAAUAUGUCGACGACUUCCAGCGCUACUUCUUCUUUCGCAGCAGCUUCAUCCUCUUCCUCUUUUCCCAUCUCUUUACCUUCCAAUCCCCAAUUGUCUGUCAAAUUGUCACCCACCAAUUACUUUUUAUGGCGAGCUCAGCUUCAACAUCUUCUUCGCUGUUAUGAUCUUCUUGGCCACAUUGAUGGUACCCUCCUUGCGCCGCCAGAGCAAAUUGCUGAUCAGCCCAAUCCUGCCUUUCGCGAGUGGUAUGGGCAUGAUCAGUUGAUUCUUAUGUGGAUCAAUCUUUCUUUGACCGAGGCCGUCAUGCCACAUAUCGUCAAUAAGCACAAUGCGAAGGAUGCUUGGGACACGUUGGCGGCGGUCUAUGCUGCUGGUUCUCCGGUGAUUGUUGGCCAACUCCGCCGUGAUCUCCAUCAUCUUCGCCGUGGAACAGACUCAGCUCAUGACUACCUCCUCCGCGCCAAAACAAUUUUCGACAAAAUGGUGGCGUUGGGUGAUCCGAUUAAGGAGGUAGAGCUGGUGACUUCUGUUAUUGAUGGUUUGGAUGAGGACUAUCGUCCAUUCACACGGAAUCUCGAAGCUCGUCUUGAGCCAGUGUCAUUUGCGGAUCUCAGUAGCCUCAUGCUCAGCAAGGAAUUGCAGCUUCGCCGGUUUCGGUCGGCUGCUAGUGGCGGCGCGUCUCCCCAGGCGUUCUAUGGUGGCCGUGGCCGUGGUGCUGGGCGUUUUAAUCGCCAACGUGGGGGGCGCUCUAGUGGCCGUGGUUUUCAACAGAUGGGCCGUGGUUUUAUUCACCCUUCCUUUGCAGGUCCUCGGCCCAUGUAUGGUUGCCCUCGGCCCGCUGCGGUUGGUGUCUUAGGGGCUGGGCCUCUCGGCCCAUCUCCACUUAUAUGUCAUAAUUGUGGAGGAAGGGGGCAUACCAGGCCCCAUUGUCCAAGCCCGUUAUACUAGCCCCAGCCCUUUUACCCCUCUGGCCCGUCUUCCAACUUAGCCCAAUCCUCUCACCCAGUUCUCCAAUCCCAACAAUGGCUUCUUGACUCCGGGGCUAAUCAUCACCUUACAUCUGGUUCAUCACUCUGAGUACACUGGCACUGAUCAAGUUACUUUUGGCAAUGGUAAACAACUCCCCAUUUCCCAUUCUGGUUCCUCUCGCGGUACUCUUUCCAAUACUUCUUAUUCCCUCAAUAAUAUUCUUCGCGUUUCAAAUGCUCCUCAUAAUCUUCUUCCUGUCAGUUCUUUAACUCGCACUAAUCCCAUUUCGAUUGAAUUCUUUGAUUCCUAUUUUGUGAUCAAGGACCGCCACACGAAGGCUGAACUUUAUCGGGGAUCUGCGACUAAUGGACUCUAUUCUCUGCCUCUUCAUAUUCAAAGUCGCGUCGUUCCUUGAGCUUUCACUGCCUCUCUUGAUCUGUGGCAUCAACGAUUGAGUCAUGCGAAUCUUCGUGCUGUUAGGCAUCUUUUGUCUUCCAAUUCAAUAAAUUACCAUGAUUCUU